AUGGGUAGCAAGUUGAUAAAUGAUAACAAAGAGCACGUUGUGUAUGAGACAUCUGUCCAGCACCUUCUGAAAGGGAACUUGUUCGAUCUGCGUGAAGGAAAGCCUACAGUAGGGAGGUUCAGGUUUAUCUCAUGCUCCGCUCUAGCCGAGAACGUUGUUCGCGUCGUUGAAUGUGAAAGCCUCGCACAGUUGGACUACUCCGCAAUAUCAUACAUAUGGCGCGGCAACGGGAUCCCUGACGAGAGCUUCCAUCUCAAGGUAUUCACAACAUCCAUACCAGAAGAUGAGGAACCAGGCGAUCCGAUCUCCAUUGACAUCCUUCAAUUGACAUGUUUAGCUGCACUCGCCAAUAACUCUUCCUACAUUUGGCUUGACCGACUUUGCAUCUUGCAGACAAGUCGCGACGAUAAGAUCUGGCAGAUACAACACAUGCAGGACAUCUACAAAUUUUGCAGUCGAUGCUUCAUCCUUCCUGGUGGACUCUCAUGGCUGUGCCAGCUGGAAGAAGAAACGGCCUGGCUCCAUCGUGCCUGGACCCUGCAAGAAUCAGCAAGUCCGCCUACAUCAGAUGUUCUCUUUCAAUGGGCACAUGGUUCCACCGCGUUGACAGGCCUCACCUCUGGAAAGAUCAUGGAAAUCGAGCAAGGACGCUAUGCAAUGAUCCGAUUGGGUGACCUACUGCAAGCAGCUACCGUGGGUUGGCUUCUAUGUGCUUCGAAUAAAAUGAAGGUCGAUGAGGCGCGCGAUACUGCCAUAUGGAGGAGUGCAUUGAAACGGACGUCGUCCAGACCUGUUGACAUGAUUUUCAGCAUCAUGGGUCUGUUCGACGUGGCACUGAAUCCUCGUGAAUAUGGCCGGAACGAAAGACAACGCGCAACCUUGGAUCUCGCAAAGGGAAUCCUCCGAAGUGGGCGUGGGCCUAUCUGGAUUCUAGCGUCUUUGCAAGGACGCUUCCUUCCCGGAGCGAGUACGAUACCGGCGUUUCCGGAGACGUCGGUGAGUGGGAAGGUCGCGGCCGAAGAACCUGUAGAGGGUAUCACCCUCGGCGGAGGACUUGCUUGGACGUUGCGAAACACAGCAGCUAGCAGCCUAGAUGACUUCGGUUACCUAACAAUGAAUGGACGCUUCUCUGCGAUUUCCACUAACGGGAUUUUAGGAAGAAGAAUACCCACAUAUCGAGGCUUCGAAUACUGGACAGUACUUAUGCGUAUAGAUGGAGAACCAAUCGAAGCGGGAUUGCUCGGACGCUGUGGCAGCGUGUCACAUGCACUAGUGGUUGGGGACAUAGAGCACUAUAUGCUGACUGCAACUGCCGCACGAGGAUCAAAAAGUUGCGUAGCAGUUGUGUUGUUACGGCGAACUCAGACAGAGGGACACUGGCAUAGAUGCGGGUUCGCUCUUGUGGCACCGGAGUUUACAGAGAACUGGCAGGAGUGUGAGGCGACAAUCGUUAGCAGCGACGAGUGGACUCACCCACGGGAAUACACACUCGAAGAAUGGAAGGAAGGCCAAAAGCUUGAAGAAGCUAAGCGCACCUGA